AUGUUGAGUGCCAAAGUUGCAAUGGUGGAGGACUUCAACUCCGAGGUCCAAGAAGUUAUUCCAUCCUCGAGAAUCCAAGCUUUCAAGAAGAGACAAUCUGGACUUGCUUCAGUGACAAAUUACUCCGACGCUGGCACCGUUGACUCCGGGUAUUCUUCCACUUCGGCACCAAAUGGCCAAGAGGAGCAUGAACUUUUCCCUGAGAGUGACAGCCCAUCCCGCCACACACCUCAAAGCGACCUCUCCGACUCUAAUAUUUCUGAGAGAACACCCGUUAAUCGUCCGAUUGGCCUUGAAUCCGAGGGACGUGCGAGGUCUUCGAAUGCUCAUCGGGCAUCUGGUAAAUAUGCUUUCGUUCCCGGGUUGAGCCGAAACAUCGAACGCAUUGAGCGACCGCUUAGCAGGUCGACAAGUAAGAGAGACAGUACCGGCAGAGCUUCCCCUGCUAUCCGACCGCAGGAUGCCGAUGAAUGUGACUGCCCUCAUUGUGCUAAAGCCUCCAGCAGCGCGCAGCCUUCGCCUUCUAUGGCCCCUCCCGAUGCUGGCCUAGACGGAAGUUGGUCUUUGGACAUGUCCAACAGUCUUCCCUCUUAUAACCCCAAUUCGUUAGACUAUUCUUCCGGCCUUCUUUCUGGAUCCCCUGGUAGAACUCGUGGCGCAGCUCGUGAGAGCAACGGCUUUUUCGAAACUUUCCCAACAGCUAAUUCCAAUGCAAGUGGAAAUGGCCGACCAUCAAGUCUCCUUUCGAACACAAACCCUUUGGGAGGAUUGAGCACAUCAUAUGAAUAUACAGCAUCCCCCAGCACCUACACACCACAAUCUGCUGUUAACCCGCUGUUGUCUCCACCUCCUUAUCUUGGUGUCGAUGAAUGGGUUCCCCCUACCACGCCUACUUCGUUACGAAACCGAGAUCACACAGAAGACUACGCCAAUUACUCUAGCAAUGACUACUUGUAUGGUAACGGGUCGGGGGCUUUGUCUGCGAGCGGAGGCAACCACAACAACUACGACCUCCCUCCCCGAUCUGCGUCUGUACAACCAGCCGGUUUAAGGAAUAGACCCCGAAGCAGCACCUACCACGUCGAUUACCCAGUUGGCGCUAUGGGACCUCCCCAACGUCGAGCAUCAAAAGCACCGGCUCCAAAACGCAUCCAUUCCGCCACUAAUAGCUAUGAUGCUGGUCGCUACGACACUGCUACCCCAUACCCCAGCUAUGACAGCUACGACAACACGGCCGAAGACUUUCAUUCUCCAGCCCACCAUCCUAUUAGCCGUCGUCUUAGCCGUGCCGGAUCUGGGGCUCUUCCGCCUUUGGAUAUUACUCGAGCUACCUCUGUACCACCAGUCGACAAUUAUGUUGCUGGUAUUGAACGAGCUCGUCGGAUGACUAUAACACCACAGCCAAUGCAAAUUGCAAACAGGGAUAGAAACCGACGCGGAAGUAAUGCUUCUUCUGGUCUUUCUUCCUCUGCGUCAAGAAGGGCUCACGAAGCUCGAAUGAGCAUGGCUGAGAUGAUUGACUCUGUCAAGGUUGAGCCCCGCCCGGAACUUGCCGGCGCACUGACUAAACGCGAUUCUACUGGUGGAGCUAUCGUUAAGCACGGUUAUAGCCCAGCCGAGUUUGACUACGCUACCGAUGGUGCAUAUAACACUUAUGAUUAUCCUUACGAUAACAGUGGUAUGGAAAUUCAUCCUUACCACCACGAAGAAUUCGAGCAAGAGCUUGUACUGAGUGGACCCAGCGAACCGUUUUCUUCCAGGUACGGGAUACCGCCCAAGCUACACUACGCUGGCGCGGAUCCCCUGCAUCGGUCCUUACGUAUGAACUCCGACAGAAGAAGAAGCAUGCACAGGCGUUUGAGCGAUUACCAGCACGGUGUGGAUUAUUCUCACGCCAAUGAUUUGGACGAGCUUCGUCAGUUGACAAAGAGCCGAAACUCAGGGCUUGACCGGCGGUUACCCCCCAAUCCUGCUUAUAUCGAAGACGGACACGUUCACGGUUACUAA